AUGAAUGCUGCUUGGAUCGUUUUCCAUCAAAGAUUUCAACUAAUCUCGGUUUAUAAUUUCAUGAAAUCUUUUGAAGAAGAAAUUAAUGACGCAGACUCAACCACCCUUCAGUUCAGAACAUCCGAGAGACUGGAACGACGUAUACCACAGUUGGGGUAUAAAACUUGCACGGUCGACAAUUGUCUGUAUUUGGCCGGAGGAAACAAAUAUAACUACUUUACUACAAAGAAACUUUACACCUACAAUUUCGUUACAUCAAUCUGGACAAAGCGUUGCAGUAUGAAUAAUCCAAGAUGCAAUUUUUAUUUUGGUGAAAUGGAUGGACAUUUAUAUGCUGUUUCUGGAAGCUCGUACAAUACAUCCAUUAGAACAGUUGAAAAAUACAUCCCUCAAGAAGAUAGAUGGCUCAUGUUGGCGCCUCUGCCAGUUGCAACUUAUAGAUCGGGAGGUAUGAUAAAACACGUUUCAGUAAAUUAUUGGUCAACAUGCGAUGUCAGUGAUGAUUACGAUUUCAACGAAACACAUCAGAGAAAAAUUUCGGAUACCGACAUUUUAGUUUAA